AUAAAGAAAGUAAAGAAAUAAACGGAGAAUUCACCGGAAGUUAUUGCCAACAUCCUUUAACGGGGGAAAAAUUACCAAUUUGGAUAACCAAUUUUGUGAUUAAUGAAUAUGGAACCGGAGCAGUAAUGAUUAAUGCUUUUUCACCGGAAAUAUUUGAGUAUCAAGAAAUAUCUAACUUA